UAGGCCUGCAACAUGCGUGAGGGGGCAUUACCGUACAGCGGUAUGAGGCACGAGCCCGUAGCAGCCUAAUAAAGCCGGUUUCCCACGUCAUUGGGCUUUGACUUCUUCGGCACGUUCCGCCACGGUGCGGUAUAAAUGAGCACUUCCCACGCCACGGACGAGUGGAAACGCGUCUUUUGCUUCGGUCACUUGCACGCCAUGCGCGUCCCGUGGAGGUGCAGACUCGCAAUAACAGCGUGCGCGCUUCUAGUCUUCACAGCUGGUGAUGCUCAACCGCGCAAUGAGGCGCGCGUGACACAAUCCGUGCACCCACGCGGGAACCACUGGGCAGUAGGCCACCUGAUGGGAAAGAAGAGUAUACAUCACCACCGAGAUGGUGGCAGUGAGCGUGAUUCUCCCGUAGCAUGGGCUGACCAAAAGCCAGACGGAGAUAGAAAGUCUGCCGGACUGCCCCGAGCACUGGGCACGGUUCUGGCUGGACCAGAGCGCGAGACAAAAAAUGAGAGAGAAAGCGUAAGCGCGAGUGAGCCAAAUCAGGGCACGCCGGCAUGGAGCAGACUGUGGGAAAAGCAGCUCACGCGCACUAGAGAUCUCAGACAGGUAGUGAAGCUUUUGUUUCUGGCUUCUCCCAGCGAAGCCCAUGCGAGCUGAGGGGUGUUAGACAGAAGUCCAGCGUCAGGCUCUAGACGCUAAAAGACUCGCUGGAGUUUGAAGCAAAUGGAAGUCAAUGCAUCACAUCACUGCUGCUAGCCCUGUCAUAGAAAUAAAGUAAUAUGCAUGAUAUCUUUUCUGUACUGCAUUUACUUACACAUAAGCAUAACAAGCUAGUGUUGUUUGUAAAUCUAACUCCAGUACCCAACAUGUCAGUUAUACAUUUGCAAUUUAUUUUAGGCAUAUACAUUAAGUUAUUCAUGUGAGUAAUGUUUAAUCAGACAUAUUCAAUAAAGUUUUAACCCUAAAUUGUAAUCCCAUAUUUAUGAAGUAAAAUACAUACAUAUUUUAUGUUCUUUUAGUUCAUUAUCCGAUGGAAAAAGAAAGAUUUUGAUUUAUGUGCCAACAGAGUGAAGUGAAUGUAAAAGACAAACAAGGGAAAGAUAUUUAGAUAUUGGAAAAAAAGUGAUGAUUUUUACUUUUAGAUUGGAUUUUUAAAAGUGGAAUACAAAUAAAUGGUGUGUUAUUUUGUCA